AUGUCGUUCGGCCUCAAGAACGCGGGAGCCACCUAUCAAAGACUCGUGAACCACAUGUUCGCCAGUCAGCUCGGAAAAACGAUGGAAGUAUACAUCGACGACAUGGUGGUUAAAUCCCUGCACGCUAAGGACCAUAUAUCGCACCUAUCGACGUGUUUCGACAUUCUGAACGAGUACGGGAUGAAACUCAACCCCGCCAAGUGCACCUUCGGCGUGACAGCAGGCGAAUUCCUGGUGGUAGUUUCUGCUCGGAAACUUCGGCCAUAUUUCCAGUCUCAUUCAAUUACGGUCUUGACCGACCAGCCACUCCGAACCAUUCUACAUAGUUCAAGCCAAUCAGGUCGCCUCGCGAAAUGGGCCGUCGAACUAAGUGAAUACGACAUAGAGUACAAGAAUCGAACCAGCGCGAAAUCCCAAGUACUCGCCGAUUUUCUGAUCGAACUUCCCAAAGAGUUCGUCGUCGAACAGCCGCCUCGCGAACUAUGGAUUCUGCACGUCGACGGAUCGUCAUCUCACCGGGGAUCAGGUGUCGGAAUCCGCCUCAAGUCCCCUAACGGCGAGAUCCUCGAACAGUCGUUCCGCCUCGAGUUCCCAGCAUCUAACAAUGAGUCUGAGUACGAAGCUCUACUUGCCGGGCUGCGAUUGGCUGUCGAGCUCGGCGUACGACAUCUUCACGCUUUCUGCGAUUCGCAGCUCGUCGCAAGUCAGUUAAGUGGAGAAUACACGACCAAAAACGAACGAAUGGACGCAUACCUAACAGCGACUAAGGUACUCAUCGCUAAGUUUGAGACGUUCGAACUCACGAAAAUCCCUCGCGGCGAGAACUCGUCUGCCGACGAGUUAGCCGCCCUGGCAUCCAGUUCUGACCCGCAUAUGAAGAGAAGGAUCCCGGUCGAAAGUAUCUCAGAACCAAGUAUCAAAACCGCGCUGAAAUGUAAUGUUGCUACUCGCCGACGGAACUACGACGAAAAUCCGAUCUCGGCAAGUACACAAAACAGGAAGUCGACCUGGACGAACAAGAAUGCCGAGCAGGAACUUAAAGAAAACGCCGAGCACAAUCCAGAAGACCUAGCCGCCGAUCACGACUUCGAGCACAUAACCGAAGGACUCCACAGUCCAUCAACCAGCGAAAGCCAGGAAAGCGAGUGCGCCGAAGAUUGGACAGCCGAACUGCGAGAGUACCUCCUCAACGGCAAAGUCCCCGAAGACAAAUGGGCUGCUCGCCGUCUGAAAGUCCGGGCUGCCCAUUACACAAUGCAUAAAGAUAAGCUGUUCCGUUGGAGUGCAUCCGGAGUACUCCUGGCCUGCGUUUCCGGAAAUGAUACAGUCGAAAUCAUGCGCGAAAUCCAUGAAGGGUCCGGCGGCAAUCAUUCCAGAGGACGAUCUCUCACUCUGAAAAUCAAAAAAGCCAGCUAUUUCUGGCCGACGAUGAACGCGGACUGCGAGAAGUUUGCCAUGAAGUGCGAUAAGUGCCAGCGCCAUGGCCCAAUGAUUAACGUGCCGACCGAGCUGCUGCAAACCAGUACGGCCCCUUACCCGUUUAUGCGGUGGGCUAUGGACAUCGUUGGCCCUUUAUGCCGAUCAACAAAUCAAAAGCAGUAUGUCUUGAUUAUGACCGACUACUUCACCAAAUGGGUCGAGGCCGAAGCAUACUCGGAGAUUAGCGCACUGGACUUCAAAAUCCGCCUUAGUUUCUCUACCCCGCGAUAUUCGCAAGGCAAUGGCCAGGCCGAGGCAACCAACAAGACAAUCCUGGACGUCAUAAAGAAACGUCUCGAUGCUAAGAAAGGUACCGGGGCAGACGAGCUCGACGGAGUCUUAUGGUCGCACCGAACUACUCCCAGACGAUCGACCGGACAGUCACCUUUCUACUUAGCGUACGGACUCGAAGCCCUCUGCCCGGCAGAAGUGAGUAUUCCAACCCUAAGGUACUCAGUGCUCCCCGAGGAUCCCGAUCUCAACGACCAGAUGAUGCUCAACAACCUCGAUAACUUGGAAGAGCAACGCUGUUUAGCUCUCCUCCGAAUUCAGAACUAUCAAAACCUCGCUGCUCGGUACUACAUCAAAAAAUUCUGA